AGAGGCUAGAAUACCACAAGAUGAGACCAGAUAAUUGCUGCCUUUUAUGUGAACCAAGGUUUGUCCUUCCUCCCUCCCCAACCCCCAUCCCCCCACCAUCCACGAGGAAUGGAAUGCCUGGUACACCGAUACUGACCACCAGCAGUGAUUGAAACAGCACUGCUGUCUGCAGCAUUGUUUGCCUUUAAGGACCAAUGAGGUGUUGUCCUGAUGUCACUACAAACAUAAGGAUAUUGCCUGUCUCCGGACAAACCACCUUUCAUUGCAACAUGAGUUUUUAAGGACAGUGUCUCAAUCGUACAUAGUGGUCUUACAGAUCAGCACUGAAGCCGAUAGCCAUUGGUAUUUGACUUCGCGUCAAUGUCCUUUGGGCUGUCUGCUUCUUAUCGGAGACCUAGAUGUCAGUGGAACUAUCGACGCCCAGAGAGUAACACGCAAUUCCUGGUUGUGCAAUGAAUGAUGCACGUUCAAUUGCCUUGGUCAACACCUCUCCAGAUAUGAGAUAAGCGCUAAACAUAUAAGGAGAGCAUACAUUCGUUGAGCUUUAAUCGUGGCGCAAGAAAGCUGAGGACCGUGGCGACAGGUGCUGGAGACCUCAUCUGCAGUAAUUGAUACCUUUUGGUGGUCAUUACAUUUAUUCAGCUACUAGCAGAACAGUAAGAAUGCGCUGGCUCGUGCCGCUGCGAGUCGUCUGUCUGACGGCGCUGGUGUGCUGCGCGCUGUCAGCCCCGACCGCCCCGUGUCCGGCCACCUCUCCGGACCAGCAGGUGUUUGUGACGAGCAACUCCAGCUGCGCCGAGUUCUACCUGUGCUCCAACGGCGUGCCGCACCUGCUGGUCUGUCCCGGCGACCUGUACUUCAACCCGGUUACCAGGCGGUGCGACUACCGCCACAACGUCCCGUGCGACCUCACCGCGCCGCCGGCCGCCGCCGUCUCGGCUCCGGCGGAGCAGCGCGCUCACCACCCGACGGUCAGCGUCGCUCCCGUCUGUCCGGACCCGCCGGGCAGGUACCCCGCUCUGUUCCCCAGCCCUGACAGCUGCUCGACCUACUACAUGUGCGCCGGUACCAACCCCGUGCUGAUGCCCUGUCCGGAGGGGCUGCUGUUCAACAACGACACCUGGACGUGCGACUUCCCGUCCAACGUCGUCUGCCCGGAGCUGUACGCAGCUGCCGCGGCCAGGUCUGGGUCCCUCUCAGCCGCCGCCUCUGUCUCCAAAGGAACGCCUCCUCCCUCUGACAAGUGCCCUAGCGUUGACGGCACGUACCCUGUUCUCCUUCCUAACCCGGACGACUGCGGCUCGUUCUACAUGUGCAGCCACGGCGCGGCCUACCUGGUGAUAUGUAUGCCCGGUCUGUGGUUCAACAACAACACCUGGACCUGUGACUACCCGCAGAACGUCCAGUGUAACCCGUCCGGCACUUCGGCAGCCACCGGCGUCAAGGCCCUGCUGUCCGUCAGACAGCAGAUGGAAGUCGCCAACGACUGCCCAGCGGUGGACGGAAAGUAUCCCACCCUCCUGCCGAAUCCCGCCAACUGUUCGACGUUCUACAUGUGCAGCCACGGCGUGCCUUAUCUCUACACCUGCCCUGCCGGGCUUCACUUCAACAAGUACACCAGCACGUGCGACUAUCCGUGGCGGGCCCGUUGCACUGAGACCGAGGGCACAAAGGCAUUGAAGCGGGGAGCACCCACUGCCAAGGAUCCUAGCGCGGCCCUGACCUGCCCUUCUGUGGAUGGAAAGUACCCUACCUUCCUUCCGAAUCCGUACGACUGCACCUCGUACUACAUGUGCAGUCACGGCGUCGCCUACCUGUAUUACUGCCCCGCCGGUCUCCACUUCAACAGGUAUAUCAACACAUGCGACUACCCGUAUCGAGCUCAGUGCACGGAGAUUGACGACAAGACUUCAGUGAAGACGGGAGCUCUCUCAGGAGCAGGAGCUCUCGCCAGCGCUGGAUCUGCCUCAACCUGCCCCGCCGUGGAUGGAAAGUAUCCCACUUUUCUUCCGAACCCGUACGACUGCACCACUUUCUACAUGUGCAGCCACGGAGUCCCCUACUUGUUCCACUGCCCUGCCGGCCUCGAAUUCAACAAGUACUCCAACACAUGCGUUUCCCCAUUACAGUCGCAGUGUACAGAAAUUGAGGGUAAGAAGUCGAUGAAAUCCGUAGCCGCUCCUAAUCCGGGUAAUGUUAUGGCGGUCUCUGAGCCUGCGGGGACGUGUCCCGAGAGGGAUGGAGCGAAUCCCGUGUUCCUACCGAAUCCCCAAGACUGCUCCACUUUCUACCUGUGCAGCAACGGCGUGCCCUACCUCCAGCAUUGCCCCGAAGGUCUGGAGUUCAACAGCCGCACCAACACGUGCGACUUCUCGUGGCACGCCGGCUGCCAGGAGAUCAAUGGCACAGCGGCUGCCCAGCCAGCCCUCUCACCCUGAGGUGUCUCUGAGAGGAAGCUCGUGUUGCAUAAGUGUAACCCAGUGUAACCCAACGGGCAACGGCUGGUUCGUUGUACUUUGUUUUUGCAGCUAGCGGAUUCAAAUAUCCUAAUUUGUCUUUGGGUGUCUCAAUGAGCUGUCAGUAAAACUUUACCAUGUCUGUCUGUGAGUUCGUGCUUCAUCUAAUUAUAAUUUAUCUUAUUGAUGGCAAGCUUCUUCGCACCAACUUUUGUUACCUGUGUAGGAAGGCAUCGUUUUUACGCUGUGGUAAAUUAUUUAUUGUUUUAUUUGAUUUUACGUGAUCAAGUUGACCCAAACAUAUUUACUUGUAAGUUGUAAUGUUUAUGAAUGAUAGAUGAAUAGGCUAGCGUUCCCUCAAUACAUUACUGUCUUAGUGAGUGUGUAAUUUGUUAUCGUGUCGCGUCAAUACAUUGUUGUGCUAUAUGUUCACUUUAAAUAAACAUAUUCCGCUCA